CCAACGAUCGGCACCGGCACCGCCACAGGCACCGGCACUGCCACCGGCACCAACGAUCGGCACCGGCACCGGCACCGGCACUGCCACCGGCACCAACGAUCGGCACCGGCACCGGCACCGGCACCGCCACAGGCACCGGCACCGGCACCAGCUACUGCCAUCGGCACCGCCACAGGCACCGGCACCGGCACCAGCGACUGCCAUCGGCACCGACACCGGCACUGCCACCGGCACCAACGAUCGGCACCGGCACCGGCACCGGCACCGGCACCAGCGACUGCCAUCGGCACCGCCACAGGCACCGGCACCAACGAUCGGCCCCGGCACCGGGCAUUCGGCACUCGGCACCGAUACCGGCACGGCACAGGGCACAGGGCAGCGGCACCAACGCCGGAGAGCGGCACCGGACACCGGCACGGGCACCGGCGGCAGGCAGCAGUGCCGUCGCCCAGGGGAAGCGGCAGCAGCUGCCAUGGAUGAAGGGACGGAGCUGGAGCUGGGGGGCCACUCCCUGCUGAAGGCCGUGUGGCUGGGCCGGCUGCGCCUGACCCGGCUGCUGCUCGAGGGCGGCGCCUACAUCAACGAGAGCAACGACAAGGGCGAGACCGCGCUCAUGGUGGCCUGCAUCACCACGCACGUGGACCAGCAGAGCAGCCACAAGGCCAAGAUGGUGAAGUACCUGCUGGACAACAGAGCCGACCCCAACAUCCAGGACAAGUCUGGCAAGACGGCGCUGAUGCACGCCUGCAUCCGCGGGGCUGGGGGGGACGUGGUGUCCCUGCUGCUGGACAGCGGGGCAGACCCCAGCCUCGAGGACCACUCGGGAGCCUCAGCGCUGGUCCACGCCAUCAACGCCGAGGACAAGGCUGUGCUGCAGCGCCUGCUGAAUGCCUGCAGAGCCAAGGGGAAGGAGGUGAUCAUCAUCACCAUGGACACAUCAGCCUCCGGCACCAAGACCGCCAAGCAGUACCUGAACGUUGCGCCGGCGCUGGAGUUCAAGGAGAAGGCUCCCCUCGAGGAAAGCGCAGCCCCCUCCAGUGCCCACCUGAAAAGUCCCGUCUCAGCGCCUUCCCCUGCCGAGAAGGAGAGCAGCCCUCUCACCCCGCACCCUUGUCACCCUGGGGACCCUGAGCCCCCCUCCCCGGGCCGGCGAGCUGGCGCUGCCCGCAGAGCCCAGCUGCCCCGGCUGAAGCGGCUGCGCUCGGAGCCCUGGGGUCUGGUGGCACCCUCGGUGCUGGCGGCCUCCAGUCACCGCGACGACACGCGGCCCUGCGCCGACAGCGAGGUCAUCACGGGCAUCGGCGACCUCUCGCUCUCCAAGAAGCCCUCCGUCGCCCGCAGCAGCAGCAGCAGCAAGGGAAGGGACCCCUCCCUCUUCCCGCCAGUGGAUGAGCAGGCACCGGGGCCGCUGGCACGGAAAGCCGCCCACGAGAAGAGCCCGGGCGCCCACCCGUGCCUGUCGCGGAGCGCCACGCUCCCGGAGGAGCCGGAGAGCACCGGCUCGGCCGCCAGCUCCGCCGCAAGGACGGACGCUCCCCUCUGGCGGAGGCCGGGCACCGAACACAACGGGGAGCCGCCGGUCGGCGAGGCGGGGAAGGCGCCGUCCGAGAGGCGCAGGCUGAGCGGGUCGCAGCUGGUCCUGCCGGACGGCGGCGGCGACUCGCCCUGCGGCAGCACCGGCACAUCGCCCAGCGCCGGCCGCCGCCGGCCGCCCGGCCUGCUGGAGCGGCGAGGGUCGGGAACCCUGCUGCUGGACCACAUCUCGCACGCCAGGCCAGGAUACCUGCCCCCCCUGAACGUGAACCCCAACCCCCCGAUCCCUGACAUCGGCUCCAGCAAAGCCCCCUCCCCGCUGGCCGCUGCGCUGAAGCCGCUGGUGCCCCUCACACCCGGCUCGCCCAGGCGGGGCGACCUGAGGGCCCACAGGAAGCUCCUCCGCAGGCAUUCCAUGCAGGCCGAGCAGAUGCGGCACCUCUCCGAUUUUGAGGAGGUCGUGGCGCAGUAGCCGUGCCCCGUUUGCUCACAGGGAGGUGGCCAGGGCCGUGCUGGCCCCGCAGAGACGGGACGGGUCCCACAGAGUGGGCGCUGGCUCCGGGGACACUUUGGUGGCCAGCGGGCUCAGCCCUGAGCCCGGGGGCUGAAUCGGGCGCGGGCUGAUCGGGAGAUCGAUCCCGCACCGUCCUAGAUCGCCAAGCUCCGUGCCAAGGAUCCCACCUGCAGUUCACUUAUUCCUCACUAGUUGCAAUCCGCUUUUCUUACAUUCUGCUCGUUCUCUCACCGAAUCCCGGCCCGGAGCCCCCGGCGGUGAUCUCUGGGGCCGAGGCGUUCGUGAAGUGCCUUCCAGGAGGGAAAGGGGCUCAGGACGCGGGGACUCGAGGGGCGGAACCCCGGUGCGGCCACGGACCGUGUCGGUGCUCUCCCGGAGCGGGAGAGGGAGACAGUGCUCCACCUCCGGUAUUCCCGGAGCUCCGGCGGCUCGGCACACCCGGCACCGCUGCAGCC